UUGGAGGUGGUCAAUACACACAAAACCAUCUUCUCUUUUUGCCUUUGCAAUUGCAUCCCCUUGGCCCUUGCAUCACAUGUCCUCCCUUGUUCUCCCUUUCUUCUCUUGUUCACCAAUCACAUUGUUGUUGCUCAUUUAACCCUUCUAUCCCCACCUCUAAACCCAGAAAUUUUCAUCUUUAUUAUGAGCAGAAGGGUCCGUCGGAAAGUGGAAAAAAAGGGCAAAGAACAGCUCCUUCUUCCUAACUACUCUGAGUUAAUCACAGAUGACAACGAUGAUGAUUUAGUUCAUUCAUUCAUCCCCACUUCUCCCAAUUCAAUUUCAUCAAUACCCAUAAACCCAAUUAAUGAUUCCAUUGAUUGGACUACUCUACCUGAUGAUACGGUUAUCCAGCUUUUUUCUCUUCUUAAUUAUAGGGACCGUGCAAGUUUAGCAUCUUCGUGUAAAACUUGGCGUAAUUUGGGGUCUACCCCUUGCUUAUGGGAGUCUUUAGACCUCCGUGCACAUCGCUGUGAUGCUGCGAUGGCUGCUUCAUUGUCUUCCCGGUGUUUUAACCUUCGCCGCCUCCGGUUUUUGGGGGCGGAAUUUGGGGAUGCACUCAUUUAUCUUAAAGCUAAGAACUUGAGGGAAUUAGCUGGUGAUUAUUGGAGGAAUAUGACUGAUGCAACACUUUCAGUGAUUGCUGCUAGACAUGAGAUGCUUGAGAGUAUUCAAUUGGGUCCAGAUUUUUGUGAAAGAAUCACCAGUGAUGCGAUCCGGGCAGUUGCCAUAUGCUGCCCGAGGUUAAGGAGGUUAGUUUUAUCUGGGGUAAGAGAAAUUGAUGCUGAUGCUCUUAAUGCUCUUGCAAAAAAUUGUGUAAAUUUAUGUGAAAUUGGGUUUUUAGAUUGUUUGAAAGUUGAUGAGACUGCAUUAGGUGGUAUGAGCUCAAUUAGAUUUCUUUCUGUUGCUGGGACUUCUAAUUUGAAGUGGGGUUUAGUGUCUCAUCUUUGGAGUAAAUUGCCAAAUUUAGUUGGGUUAGAUGUUUCAAGGACGGAUAUUGGUCCUACUGCAAUUUCCAGGAUGUUGCUAUCUUGUAAGAGUAUGAGGGUGUUGUGUGCAUUGAAUUGUACAAAUGUUGAGGAAGAUGCUAACUUUGUGAUGAGUUGUAAUGGGAGUAAAGAUAAAUUGGUGUUAUCUCUUUUUAGUGAUAUUUGUAAAGGGGUAGGUUCAUUAUUCGCCGAUAAUUCAAUGGAAGGGAGGAAUGUGUUUUUGGAUUGGAGGGAUACUAAGAGUAAGGAGAAGAAGUUGUAUGAGAUUAUGAUUUGGUUGGAAUGGGUUCUUUCAUAUUCACUCUUGCGGAUUGCGGAGAGUAAUCCUUCUGGUUUGGAUAAUUUUUGGGUCAGUCAGGGUGCUACAUUGUUGCUUAGUCUGAUGCAGAGUUCACAGGAGGAUGUGCAGGAAAGGUCAGCUACUGGACUUGCUACUUUUGUUGUUAUUGAUGAUGAAAAUACCAGCAUUGAUGGUCAAAGAGCGGAAGCAGUCAUGCGAGGUGGGGGUGUGCAGCUUCUCCUCAAGCUUGCCAGCUCGUGGCGGGAAGGAUUGCAGGCAGAGUCUGCCAAGGCUAUAGCAAAUUUGUCAGUGAAUCCUAAUGUUGCAAAAGCUGUGGCUGACGAAGGAGGCAUCACCAUCCUUGCAAAGUUGGCGAGAUCCAUGAACAGGCUAGUAGCUGAGGAGGCUGCUGGUGGACUUUGGAAUUUAUCUGUUGGAGAAGAGCACAAGGGUGCCAUUGCAGAGGCAGGAGGUGUUAAAGCUUUAGUUGAUCUAAUCUUCAAAUGGUCAACUGGUGGUGAUGGAGUUCUGGAACGGGCAGCUGGUGCUUUGGCUAAUUUGGCAGCUGAUGACAAUUGUAGCAUGGAGGUUGCACUUGCUGGUGGUGUACAUGCGCUAGUGAUGCUUGCGCGCAACUGCAAGUUUGAGGGUGUGCAAGAGCAGGCUGCUCGAGCCUUGGCAAACUUGGCAGCUCAUGGAGACAGCAACAACAACAAUUCAGCUGUAGGACAGGAGGCUGGUGCACUUGAAGCUUUGGUCCAAUUAACACAUUCUCCUCAUGAAGGCGUUAGGCAAGAAGCUGCUGGUGCAUUGUGGAAUUUAUCAUUUGAUGAUCGAAAUCGGGAAGCAAUUGCUGCUGCUGGUGGCGUUGAGGCAUUGGUUGCUCUUGCACAGUCUUGCGCUAAUGCUUCUCCAGGUCUUCAGGAGAGGGCUGCUGGUGCAUUAUGGGGCCUUUCAGUGUCAGAGGCAAAUAGUAUUGCUAUCGGACGAGAAGGAGGUGUUGCGCCUCUUAUUUCAUUGGCAUGUUCUGAAGCAGAAGAUGUUCAUGAAACGGCCGCUGGAGCUCUUUGGAACCUUGCCUUCAACCCUGGCAAUGCGCUGCGGAUUGUAGAAGAAGGUGGAGUCCCUGCCCUUGUUCAUCUUUGUUCCUCUUCUGUGUCGAAGAUGGCAAGGUUCAUGGCUGCAUUGGCUUUGGCUUAUAUGUUUGAUGGAAGAAUUGAUGAAGUCACUUUGGUUGGAACCUCAUCAGAUGGUAUGUCAAAGUGCAUUAGCUUGGAUGGGGCUAGAAGAAUGGCUUUGAAACACAUUGAAGCAUUUGUGCUCACUUUUUCGGAUCCUCAAGCAUUUGCAACAGCUGCUGCAUCAUCAGCUCCUACAGCAUUAGCACAAGUAACAGAAGCAGCUCGAAUUCAGGAAGCUGGACAUCUUAGAUGCAGUGGCGCUGAAAUCGGGAGAUUUGUGGCUAUGCUACGUAAUUCGUCUUCAAUACUGAAGGCUUGUGCCGCGUUUGCUCUUCUACAGUUCACAAUACCUGGUGGACGUCAUGCUUUGCACCAUGCAAACCUCCUGCAGAACGCAGGAGCUCCUAGAGUACUACGUGCAGCUGCCGCAGCAGCUACUGCUCCUCUCGAAGCAAAAAUUUUCGCAAGAAUAGUUCUUCGGAACCUUGAACAUCAUUUGGUAGAAAUUUCAAUUUAAAAAGUGAAGACCGUAGAAUUUUUCGUACCUCUUUAAAGCCUACCGACUCCUUUUCCUUGAAAAGGAUUAUCCUCGUACUUCCAUAAUGCCAGGACUAUAUCUGAUCAUUACCAGAAAACGGUAUUGGAGAAGGAUAAUCCAGAGACAGGAAGUUGAAGCAAGCAGUGAUAUUUUCUUCCCCUGAUCGGGAUCCGAGAGCCCUCUGCUGUUACACAAAGAUAUCAAAAGGGUCAUUUGUAUAAAGGUCAUUCUGCUAGCGGUGAUUCGAAGGCAAAGCACCAUUUUUCGUUGGCCCCAUUUCGUGAUUUGGGGGUCACUGGUCAUGUACUCAUUGUGACUAUAUAAUUUUAUGUUUGUGUUGUUGAGACUACUGUUGAGUAUUCUUGGAACAUGUAAAAAUAAGGGCGCAGUUGCUUUGUGACUGUAACUUAUUAUUCAUCCAUUAACAAAUGUUUUUGUUUUUUACAAUUAGUUGAAAAGCUUGUGAAAUUUGGCGUAUUUUUGGACCAUUAUAUAAGAACCCUUUUGUGGAUACUCUAUUUAAUAUUGCUACUUUUUGUAAGUUA